AAUAAGUUCGAAACGGUAAAUCACUGAGUAAUACUCAUAUAUAUCGUUGAAUUUUUCUUUGAAAGGACUAUGAAACAAUGCAGUAAAAUGUAGGGCGUUCUAUUUAAAAAAAUGUAACUUUGUUUUACCACCCUGUAUAUAAAAAAGUGACGAUUAGGAAAAUAAAAAAAGGUCAUUUUAAUAGAAACAACUUUUGAAUUUAAAAAUCCCCGUAGGUUUCGAGAUAAGGUAUAGGCUCCUCUUAAAGGGAUCACCCUGUACAGUGUGUUCAAAUUUGGAAUGAGGACCUCCAACACGAUUUCAAAAUUAAAAUUUAAGACAAGCAUGAACAAUAUUGUGCUAUUUCACAGAAAAUUACAAAGUUAAGCGCGAACCAUAUUGCGGUAGUUUAAAAUGUGUUGUCUGUUGGCGAUUUUAUUUUCUAGCCACUAGUAUACAAAAAGUAUGAGUAUAAUAAAACAAAAAUUAUCUUUUAUUAAUUAAAUACUAACCUUGGAAUAACGAGUUAAUAUUGUAGGCAACAAUUUUGACAAAAGUCAUUUUAGUCACGGGUUUUAAAUUAAACAAAAAGUAUUACUUCUGUUAGGUCUGGAAAGGUAGUUGCAGACGGAAGUUAAAUUUUUAAGUACUGGAAUAUUAUUCUUCUAUAAUUCUUCCUUAUUUCUAUUGUUCCAUAGCUCAAGGGCUAUUUGAGAAGUCAAUUUAAUAGUAAUAAGUAAGUUAAGUAAGUUAAGUAAUUUAAUAGUAACAAGUGUGGUAAGCGAUACAUUUUUGGAAAACAAUACAAAUAUAUUUUUCUACUCCUUUCUGUAAAAUACCUAAUUAUACACCGUUUUAGCGUACGGGAAGCGUCACUUUGCCACGUGAUCUUCAUGUCCCAUGGAUCCGAGCCUCUUCGGACAAUUGGAUUUUCCCGCACGCGUUUGUUUUCCGAGACUUUACCGCACGGCUUGAAUUUUGACGUUUGUCAAUUCUGACGGUCAUAUAGAUGGAUGUAUUCGUGUUGUUUUGUAAAAAUGUACUCAAAAACUAACGAUCAUAGAAAAAGUAUGCUAUGCAACACGUUUGGUAAACUUUUUAAGUCACUGGAUUGUUAAACACUCGCUCUGCUCGUGCCAAAUAAAUUCGUGACUCAAAUGCCAUUUGCCGCCAAAAUUUAAGCCGGGAGUAAUAUUUCCGAUUGCAGCCACUUGUGCCGUAAAAUUCCGGAAAUUUCCUUGCAGCCGUAGAAUUUCAAUACAAAUUCUGAUACCACACAAAAUUCUAAGUAACAUCUACAUACUGGGAAUCAAGAAAAUUUAUUAGUCAUGGCGUCAAUUCUUUAUGUUAAAAGUUUUUUUAGUCUAGGAAAUAAUCCAUCGUUAAAAUCCAUACUUAGCGACCCGGUACAUAUACGCUGUCUUACUGUGACGUAGCACGGCCAUUUUUUUGGCGAAGUUUGGUAUAGAGCAAACCGAUUUACUAUUCAGUUGAUAGGGCUGUUUCAGUUGUUUUUGUAAGUUUUAGAAUUGGAAAUGAAAUAAUAAGUUAUUUUAUUGAAAAUCAAAAUAUAACCUAUAAAUAUUAACCGUGUUUGAAUAUUAGUGUAUCCCACAUUUCAAGAUUUUAGGCUAUAUUUUCGUUUUCAAUAAAAUACUCUAACCCAAUGUUUAAUUUCUAAUUCGAAUUCUGAUAAGGUACUAAUUGAAUAGUUACUGCUAAUAAAUAAUGACGAAGUCCAUUAAAUAGUCUCUAAUAAUUAAAAACGCAAAAAAUUUGAAACAUCUGCAAAAACUUAUAUGAAAAAUCAUUUUUGUUAGAUCACAAACGUUGACUGACUAUCACUAGUAUAGCGCAUAAUGAAAAGAUUGCAGCAGUCUUCUUCCACUGUUCAGACAUAUUUAAAUAUUUUUCUAAUAUUUCGUCCGAUCGACAAUCGCUUUCACUGAGAGAUAGUAUGAACUACUUUAUUAAUUCUGUUAUUCUUAGGAUGCUCUUUGAAGAGUAGGCGGUUAAAAUAAGAAAAUACAUUUAAAAAGCUUUUUUUUUUCAGUAAGUUAUUUGAAAAUGUUUUUCAAAAAUUAGAUUUUCCAAAAAUCGUCGUAGCUUUGCUUAUGCUGUUAGAAAUUGGAAUAUUUAAAACAUGAAUCAAAAUCAACUGUUUAUUGAUAAUAAAACCGUAUAAAAGCGACGACAAUUUUUUAUUAAAUUUUUUAUUUCGGGACUUCUGCCAGCGUUGGUAAAAACUACGCAGUUACGCUUAAAAAUAACCACGCUUGAUAAAAUUUCAUGAAAAAUGUCAAGGUUAAAAAAGACAACUGUAUAUCAAUGUUCAACGUUAAUUCAUUAGCAUUAUGAAACGGGUGUAAAAUCAAAUUUAAAUUAGGCGGUUAUUUAUUUUGAUUUCGUAUUUCGUAUUAACUUUUCCAGGAAAAACAACAGUCAACUUGAAGAAAGCUGUUCCUUAAAAAUAGUUAUGUCAAGGAAACAAUACAUUUAGUUUCAUUUUUAAUCGCAUCAAAUCAGAAAGCUAACCAAAACUAGAUAAUAAAAGGAAAAUUAGGUAAAAACUAUUAUAGGAAUUUUUGAAGUAAUCUCAUUUAAAUAAACACAUUUCUUGAGAAAGCAGAUUGUAGACGUAGCCAAAUAUUUAUCAUUUUCUGAAACAAUCAGAAUCGUUUUGUAUAAAUUGUUUGGAGUGCUUAAUAUGACUUAUACAAUUUACGAAACUUUAGUCCAUUAUACGGCAUGAGAUGUGGGAGAAAAAAAUUGCAAUAUGGAAUUACGUUAUGGCAUGGUACGAAAAAGUUCGACUCCUAAUAAAGGACUCCCGCUCACCGAAGACCAAAGAUAACUUAGAAACGCCCGAAGAGUACAAAGAAAGAUGGAUCUCGAUAUACAUCAUUUAUUUCACAAUGUUUAUGAUAUCAUUAGGCUUCAGCAUUAUAGUUACUGGGGUCUGGCCGUAUUUAGACAAACUGGACCCAACCGCUGGAAAGGAGUACAUGGGGUUCGUGGUGGCGGCCAACCCUUUCGCUCAGAUGUUGUUUUCGCCUUUGGUCGGAUGGUGGACCAAUAAAGCGGGUUCUAUAAGAAUACCGGUAAUUGUUUCCCUGGUGAUAUUUACUUUAGCCAGCGGUCUGUAUUCCUCCUUGGAACUGUUCGAAACGAAUAGGAAACACUGGAUGCUGUGGUCGCGAUUUCUCGUCGGUGUAAGUUCUGCUAAUGUCGCUGCCUGCAGAUCCUACCUCUCCGCAGCUACCAGAUAUUCCGAACGGACCAAAGCGGUAUCCAUGAUUUCCUUAGCUCAAGUGCUCGGAUUCGUUAUAGGCCCGGCAAUCCAGGCCGCCGUGGUCCCUUUAGGCGACGACGGAUUAUGGAUCAUCCCCAACAGACUUAAAUUGAACAUGUAUACUGCCUCCGGUUGGAUUAACGCCGCGUUAUCUUUAAUUAACAUCUUCCUCUUCUUACCGAAAUAUUUUAAAGAAUACAAAGUCGCAGCCAAAGAGGCUAUGGUCAAGCAAGGCAAAACCAAUGAGAAGGACAUCUGGAAAAACAAUAAUCCGGAUUAUUUUGCCGCGUGGAGCUUAAUUGUGGCAUUUUUCGUAUUGGUUUUCAAUUUCAUGUUGUUAGAAACGCUGGCCACCCCUGUCACGAUGGAUCAGUUUGCUUGGUCCAAAAGCGAGUCUUUGUAUUACAUGGGCAUACUGAUGUCUAUUGGUGCUAUCGCUUCCAUCGCAACAUUCGCUUCUAUAGGUGCCCUAUCUAAAAAGUUUUCUGAAGUUAAAAUUACGAUUUGGGGUGGUUUUCUGUUUAUGGUGAUCGGACGGGUGCUGUGCAUACCAUUUGGAGGAGAUCUACCGCUAACGUACGAUUCAGACUUUAAAGUCAACCUAACUGUAUUUUGCCAUGAUAAGUUGAAGAAUGUUUCCGCCCCUUUUCUCGAUUAUGAAAUUUUAAAUCAGUCUCUUAGGGAACACGGACGCUGGUUGGAUUUAGAAGCGACGAAUCGAAGUUAUAUCAGGUACAUGACCCUAAAUUGUGGCGAAGAAUUGGUAGGGUGUCCUUCAAGUCAAGAAUGGUGUAGCUAUAUACCCGCGAUUAAUUUGGUUCAGUUCAUAUUCGGAUUUAUUUUCACUGUAUUCGGGUAUCCUGUUGGGGUAACUCUCAUACAGACAUUAUUCUCAAAGUUACUAGGGGCCAGACCUCAGGGCGUUUGGAUGGGACUUAUGACGGGUUCAGGGUGUCUUUCAAGAGUAAUGGGUCCGGUCUUUAUCACUUACGUUUAUGAAGAGUACGGCACGAUUUGGACGUUUGGGUUUACCACAGUGAUGAUGGCGGUCAGUUUGGUGUGGCUCCUUUGCUUUAGGAAGCGUUUGGAGCCGGUAGACUUGGAAAGUUUGGCGAUACCUGAUCGGCAAAUGCAAGAUUUUACCUCUGUUGAGAUCGACGAAGACGAUAACGAGAUCAAAGAGAAUUUUGAGGAUCCGCCAAGCUGAUGUCAUUAUGUUUUUGAUAUUAUCGUUGUUUUGUUAUUGUACUUAAAAAGAAUUGCCAUAGUAUAAUUGGUAAAUAUUUUUGUAUUCAACUUAGACGAACAAUCUUUUGGUGAUAUUAACGAACUCGAAUACUCUAAAAGUUUCGUUUUCCCGAUCGACUGAAAAAUCUUGUAAUUAUGGAAGAAAGGCGCUCUUCGGGAACUUUCUGACAUAUUAAGGUUGCAUGCUUAAGAAUGUAUACAGGGACGAAAUGUGCAAGUUACUUCGAAGAAUCUUUUAUUGAUCGGCAUACAUAUAUAUAUAUA